ACCAUGGCCUGCUGUCAAACUAGCUUCUGUGGAUUUCCCAGCUGCUCCUCUGGGACCUGUGGCCCCAGCUGCUGCCAGCCAAGCUGCUGCCAGACCAGCUGCUGCCAGCCAACCUGCUGCCAGACCAGCUGUUGCCAGCCAACCUGCUGCCAGACCAGCUGCUGUGGGACCGGCUGCGGCACUAGCUGUGGCCAGGAUUGUGGCUGUGGAGGUGUGAGCUGCCGCACCAGGUGGUGCCGCCCUGACUGCCGCGUGGAGGACACCUGCCUGCCCCCCUGCUGUGUGGUGAGCUGCACCCCCCCAACCUGCUGCCAGCUGCACCAUGCCCAGGCCGCCUGCUGCCGCCCAUCCUACUGUGGACAGUCCUGCUGCCGCCCAGCCUGCUGCUGCUACUGCUGCGAGCCCACCUGCUAAAAAGCCAACUUGUUGAUUUUUAACUGCCCAGGACACAGUAUCGGAAUAAUGUCUCCUCCACAACCCGUGGGCCACUAACAAGUUCUCAGACUUCUACUUGGGUUUCUGUUAUGGGCUCUUAUGGGGGCUAUCAAGUCGAUGAGUUCUAUCAGAUUCCACUCUACUAUGAAUACCUUGACUCUCCACUGCGGACACAGAAGUGCUGUGAGCCCACCUGCUGAUCAUCAAAUUGCUUUGGAUCUACUAUUCCCGAUUUUCCCACAGGGUUGAAAAUUGCUGCCAUAUUGUGGAUUUUAUCCUUGAGAGCUGUCCACAAGUCUAUUUUUCCAAUGCUUUGUGAUCUAUUUUUACCUUCUAUUUACCUAAAAAAAAUUUUCAACAUUAAAGGCACCAAAGUAUAGCCAAGCGGCAUUCCUCAGAUGUCACCAGAGAGAAUGGAGGCUCUUCACCCAACAUUCAGCUUCUAAGAAGACUUUCCCAUAUUUCAAAAUCUGAUUCCACCCCUUUUGGGGGGAUCAUAACGAUCUUUCCUUUUGGCUAUUUUAA